CCUGGUCGCGUGCGUUCGGCGGGGUGGCGCGCGGUAAGGCGAAGAUGGCCUGCGCGCGUGCGCCGGCGCAUUCCCGUCCCUCGUGCGUGUGCGCGAUUCAAUCGCUCUGAGCCGCUGUCGCGGGAACACCGCCGCCGCCGCCGCCAACAGCCCGCCUCAGUCAGUCACUCAGCCAGCCAGCCCUGAGAGAAGGAGAAAGGGAAGGCGAGGGAGCGGGCGGGAUUAUUAUGGGCUGUGGGUGCUGCUGUUGCUGAGGUUGAGGCAAAGAUGGAGCUCUCUGCAGUGGGCGAGCGGGUCUUUGCGGCCGAAUCCAUCAUCAAGCGGCGGAUCCGAAAGGGACGCAUCGAAUACCUGGUGAAAUGGAAAGGCUGGGCCAUCAAGUACAGCACUUGGGAACCCGAGGAAAAUAUCCUAGAUUCUCGCUUGAUUGCCGCCUUUGAGCAAAAGGAACGUGAGCGUGAGCUUUAUGGACCUAAGAAGAGAGGACCUAAGCCUAAAACUUUUCUGCUAAAGGCUCGGGCCCAAGCAGAGGCCCUACACAUUGGGGAUGUACAUUUUUCUGUCAAGCCCAGUUCUAGCACAGCCUCACCGAAACUGCACUCCAGUGCUGCAGUGCACCGGCUCAAGAAGGACAUUCGAAGAUGCCACCGUAUGUCUCGGCGCCCAUUGCCCCGCCCGGAUCCACAAAACAGUGGAGUGGGUGGGAGUACUGGCAUACGCCCCCCUGUCUCUCCUUUCUCAGAGACCGUACGCAUCAUCAACCGCAAAGUGAAACCUCGUGAGCCCAAGCGUAGUCGUAUUAUUCUCAAUCUGAAAGUCAUUGAUAAAAGUGGCAAAGGAGGAAGUGGGGGAGGAAACCUGGCACGCUCUAAGAUCCCUUCCCGAAAUCGUGUAAUUGGUAAGAGCAAGAAGUUUAGUGAGAGCAUGCUUCGUAAUCAGAUCCGCCACAUGAAAUUUGGAAGCUUCCCUCUGUAUAACAAGCCAUCUGUUCCAACCCCAUUAUUAGAGGGAAAGACAGAGGCAGGAGGUUCUCAAGGUGCUUCUUGUGGACUCAUGGGCUCUUCUGCCUAUGAUGCCCGCAGUUCCAGCUCCUCUGACUGCCCCUCACCAGCUCCACACUCCUCAUCUGAUCCAGAUGAUUCCCCACCAAAGCUGCUUCCUGAGAUUCUAAAUCCUGCCAUUCCUGACUGGCGUGAAUCUGAGGUCCUCGAUCUGUCAAUUCCACCUGAGUCAGCAGUGACCAGUAAGCAGUCACCUUCCAGAGGGAAUGGAGUAGGUCAGAUCCCAUCAUCUCCAUUGUCUUCUGACCCAGAACAGGAGGCUGGUGAUUGGCGACCUGAAAUGUCUCCAUGCUCUAAUGUGGUAGUUACUGAUGUCACCAGCAAUCUAUUAACGGUCACAAUCAAGGAAUUCUGCAAUGCUGAAGAUUUUGAAAAAAUGGCAGCAGCUGGAGGAGGUGGUGGUGGUGGAGGAGGAGGAGGCAGCAAAUAAAGAGGUGUAUUCCUCUUUCACAAAUGUUGGGGGAGGGGGAGGGGACAAGGAGGCUAUACUGCAAGACCAUGCAUGAUAUGAAUGCUUGCUUUCUUUUCUCUCUUCCUUCUCAUCUGUUCUUUCUCAUUUUGCUUGGAAAUUAAGAUGAUAGAGGAAUAAAAAUAGAUGUGUUUGAAAUUCUCCAAUGUCGCAGCUGUUAGGACUCAUGCUGGGAAAUAAAUUUUCCUCUUGUGCAUAUUUGGAGGUCUUCAAAAAUUGCAUCUUUUUGACAGGAAUCUGGUAAAUAAGUGCUUGGGAGAAUGGUGGGUAUAUUAAGUGAAUGAUAUAUUUUCCCCUCGUGUUCAAAAAACAAAACAAAAAAAUAACCCUUUGGCCAAACUCAAAGUAGGGAGUUUAUUUUCUGUGAAUUGCCACUUUAUUCCUGUCACCUUUCCUGUAUAUUUGUGAUUUGACAAAGAUAAUUUGGAUUGACAGUAUCCAAGGAAAAUGUCACCAUAGUUAUUGGAAACUGCUACAGAAUUUAGAAACCGUUACAGAACUUCAUAGGGAUUGGGUAUGCCUAAUACUGCAGUGCAUUUCUGAAUGUUGUUCCACUGUGCAUGUAUUAGAAGUGCAAAUAAGGUUGUUCUGUAGCACUUGUAGAUGGCUUAGGCCCAUUUUCCCUUUUUCAUUAGCCUUGAACUAUAUCUCUAAUAGUUCCUGAUUGUAAUACAUUUUGUAUUUUUUUACUGUUAAGCUAAAGUUGCUUCAGUCUUAUGAAGCUGUUAAUCUUAUCUUGAAUCAUUUGUUCUUUACAUAUCAGAUGUAUGAGUUUUAUUUUUUCUGAAACCUUAUUUCAGAAAAAGUGGGGCCUAAUAUUCCUUUAGAAAAGUGCAUUGAGAUGCAACCCACUAUUCUUAUUUACAUUGGUAUAUUUAGUUAUAUGUCAGCGAAGUAGGAAAAAGGUCCUUGCUUGUGCUUUUCCUUCUUUCUAUUUUUCGCUCGGUAAAAGAGAUGGAAGAACAUUCAUUUCUGGAGUUCCCAAGGUUUCAAGUUGCCUGUACAGUUGCCAACCAAAGGUGCUAAGAACAUAUUGUAAACAUUUAUUAUAUGUCUCUUGGAUCUUGGUAUGUUUGUUGGGAGACAGUGUGUAUGUUUAGUGUAUGCUUGCCUCUUCCUCCCAUCCACCCGCUUGCCAUACCUUCCUUUCAUUUAAUUCAUUCUUACUGAAACCUGAGUACUCGGCUUUGUAAACAAAUAAUGUAGUUGCUUUUGCUAGAUUGCCUCCACCUCCCAUCACCUACAACUGUUAGGAACAAUGACUCCAUAUAUUGAUGACUAACAUUCGCUGAAGUAUUUCUUCACAUUUCUACUUCAUAGUUCUUUUGUCACAUGUUCCAGCUUUGAUGCAAACUUCUCCUCCCCUAUACUAUGCCUCCGAUUUGUUAGUAGUGGCACAUGUGGGUAUGUAUGUAGUGUUGUCCAGCAAACUAUUUAUGCAUUGUUACAUUAUGAUGGGAAGGAUGUGUUGGAGGUAAUUCUUAAGGGCUCAACUGCAUGCUAUGCUGUCACUGAAAUAACUAACUCUUGUUCUUAAUGGCAUGUCUCUUCUCUAUGUUCCAGUCUGAACAAUUAUCUUUUAAAAUUCUGCUUAGGGAUUUUUUUUUGUUUCAUUUUGUUUUGUUCUUUUAAAGUUUAUUAACUAUAUGUGAAGCCUGGUGCAAAUACUGUGGCAUUUACUGUUUGAUAAGGUUUUAAAAAGCAAUUAUUUAAUUUCAUUCUCUCCAUUAGAAAGGAUUUCUUCACACUUUUCCUUCCCCUAAGUUUUCUUUUUAACAUUCCUCUCUUUCCUUCAAGGACUUUUCAGAAUUCCAUUUGUUUAUAUCCAUGCUUAAGAAGAAAUCAGAACUUUGUUAGAAAAAAGAUUGAGAGCUGAUAUGUGUUAGAGUCCUAUAUAUAUAUAUAUCAGUAUCUAUACAUAAAUGCCUACCAAAAGCAAAGUUUAUGAUGUUAAGCAUUGUGUUGUUUGUGAAAAUUUUGAGUGCAGGGAAUAUUGAAGAAAUAUUCAAGUUUUACUGUUAUCUAGUCAUGCAUUUUCUUUAGUGUCUUUUAUCUUAUUUUUUAAAAAAAAUGAAUGAACUCUACAAGGUGUGCAGGGUUAUUAUCUCCAUGUUCCACCCACUGAUAUAUAACUCUAAGGCUUUCUGCAUGCUUUGGAAUUCACUGUUUGUAAUUUUUUGUGAAAUCAGCAAGACAAGCUGUAUCAUUGCAUUGCCUCAGAAGAAUAGGAGGCAUUAUCAUGAGAGUUUAUUUUAAUGGUUUCAAAGGUGGGUGGGCUGGGCUGGGCUGAGGAAAAAGAUAUAUAAUAGGGAGAGAACAGGGGGGCUUGUAUUAAAAAGACUUUAAGAGAAAAAAUAGAAUUAUUUUAUGAAACUUCAAGAGGAAAUAUAAGGGUGGUUGAAUAGUCAAUCAUGUUCUACAAUUGUUUAUUUUUGUGGCAUUUUGUUAGAAACAAAUUAGAUAGCCAUUCUAAAAAAUUUCAAUAGGAAAUGCUUCAGUUACUUUAGCACACAAUCUCUUGGCCCAUUUCCCCUUGUUCCCUGAAGUCUCUUGUCACUUUAGUUUCUGUGAGUUUCCAUAGAAUAUGUUUUUUACCUUUCUUAGAGGUAUUAUGAAAAAAAUAGUCAUUAACAAACUGGCUGAUUUCAACAUAAAGCUCUUCCAAAUGUAUCAAACAGGCUUUGUUUGAUUUUAUUCCAUCCAAAAAGAGAUCAACUACUAGAAAUAGUGGAGUGUGUGCCUGGAGAAAAUGAAAGGAGAUGAAAUAAUUUUUCCUUUCUCUUUUAUGAUCAUUUUAACAUGAAGAUAUUGGGUAUACAUUUUAUGCACUAAAUACUUGCCCAGGAGGUAUAGCUGCUUAAAACUGACAUAUAUGUGUUUACUGCCUCUUAAGGCAUAAAAUUUCCUCCACACACUUGUUCUUUACUAUGAUAAAUGGAAAACAAAUAAGGAUCUUUUUUUGUUUUCAUAACAUGAAAAGUCAAAGGCUGAAACUUCUAGGACUUAUUACAAGCUGCUUGAAUAGCAAUUCCUCUAUUGCUAUAAUUGCCACUGUAGCAAAUGUUUAAAAAUGAAAAGCAGUAAAUUAGGGGUGGAAAAAUUAUGGUCCAAAAACUUUAGUGGCCAUCCAGCAUUUCUUUUGUGGGGCUAAAAAUGUGGGCCUUUUUCUUCAUUUUAGUGUUUUAAGGAAUGCAAUGAUUGUUUUAAAUUCAACAUACUAAUAUAGCACCUACUCUACUCCUGAACCCCUCUUCUCAAAUGGAGCCUAGCCUUUCCAAUUUCUGUAUGUCACACGUUGCAUCUGAUGUAGCUCUUGAGUUAAUGGAAGUUGUAUGCUCCUUCACUGUAAUUAUUAUUCCUUAAAUCCAUUUGGAGUAAAUAGUAUUUGCAAUUAGUAGAUUUGUCUAGUUUUGCCUUGCUUGUGCUGAUCACUAGAGAUUUAGCCAAAAAUAUUUAAACAAGUGGUGUUUGAGUAAGAAAUCUCUGGCAGGUUGCUAUUGAGCCAGUCUGGUAAAAUAGAAUAUGGUGCUAAUUGUUGGUUGUAUUGCUAUUAUCUCUUCUAUCUCAUUACAACCAGCAGACUAUUUUAAGAAUGGGCUAAGGUUGUGAACUAGAGUAAUUAAUUCACAGAGGUGUAAGAGAUUUGAGCCAGUUUGAUGCAAGAAAUGCUUGCUGUUUGGACUAUAAAAUAGCCUCCUAGCAGCUUCUAAUUAAUUUGGGGGUUCUGUAACAUAUCAACUUAGUUGCUGUUGCCUGUCUCCAGGAGCUAGAACAUUUCUUCACAUCAGAAAGAACCAUCUCCUUUAAGGGCAGGGGAAGACCAGUUAUGUGUAAUACUGGAAUGCAAGAUUGUUCUUGCCUUAGAUUAUUUUUCCCUUCCUAAUUUAGCAAAUUAUCUUGAUCUUUUCUGUUAAAAGGAAACCUUGUUCCAUGAUGCAGUCAAACCACUAGAGGGUAAUAUAGAGCUAUUGUGUUUUAAUGAUUUGAGCGUUAUUACCUUAAAUCUUAAUUUCUCCUUAUAUGAUAAAGCAUAAAAGCCCUUCUAUACAUACAGUCUGUGCAAAGAUGCUGCGUGAGUUGUAUGUAUAUGUUUUCUUUGCAUCUGUGCCAUGCUUGUGGCCACUUUUGUUAUUAGGAGAGUUUGAUGGGUUGGGGGUUGAGAAAGAAGACUAGUUUUGCAAAUAAAAGGAAAAAAAAAGAAAAAAGGAAAAGUUCUUUUUUUUAAAAAAGAGAAGAUUUUUACAUACAGAAGAGGAUAGAGAUUUAAAAAUAUUAAAUGCAGUAAUUGCACAAAUGUAGUGAUAUUAGCUGGUCCUUAAAGAAAAGAGUAUUUUUACAAUUAUGAGUGGUAGAGGAUGGCAUUCAGAUAAUUAAAAUUGGGAAGGAAGAGCAAAGAAUGUAAGAAGAGAUGCAGCUUCCAAACUGAGGAAGCAAAUCCUUAUCUUAGAGAAAAUUCUUCCUUCUGUUACCCUUAACUUGAAGGAGUAGGGUGAGUGCCUCCUUCCAUAGUUAUGAAGCCAGAAUUUAGCCUUGUUCUGUUUGUCAGGUGGGACUAUGUGGCAUUUUAUUAUUAACUUGUUCAUGCAAGUUAUCAGUUGUAUUUCAUGAUGAUCUGCUGAAUUGAAUGGGACAUGUUGCUGCUUUGUGGUUUUCAGUAAGAUCUGGGAUCUCUGACAAGCAAGACGUAUGUGUGUUUGGUAGCUGUGAAGGAAACAUACCCUUAUAAUCUGGCAAAACGUUCAGUGAUAAAGUCAGUUCGUUGAUAUUGAAGUUGGUACACCAGAAAUUCUUUUUCUAACGAAAUCCAUGUUACAUCUUUCGUACUUAUAUAAGCAGGAUUUUUACAAGUGGGUAAUAGCUUUCCUACAUUAAGAGAUAUGAUUAGGGCCUUCUUGAAGAAAAUAAAACUAAAGCAAUUUUCCCAUUGGCAUAGUCCAAAUGCGUUAGAAUUGCAACUCCCAAUAUUCCCCGUCAUUGAGUAGUUACAGUGUGCAAAAAAGUUGGAGAACCACAACAUAGGAAAAACUGCACUAUACUAAUUCUGAUGGCUUGGACCACGGUGAUUAUUUUCAUCCUGUGACAUAAGGAAAAUGAUAUGAAAAAAGCAAGUAUAGCCUUGCAAAUCAAAUAUACUGUUAAAAUAUUUAAGGAAAAUAUAUAAUGAAAGGGAAAUAUGAUGCACACAAUUCAAAAUUGUCCAAUCGCCUAUGAAGUGCUGAUUGUAGAAGCUGAGUGUAAAUAAGUGCUAGGAAAGAAUUCACACAACCCAAUGGCAGUGUAACAUUAAUACCUAUAUUAGAUUUUAUAUUACAGUCCUUGUAAUCUAAAUCGGUGACUACCAUGUUAGUCAUAUGGGCAAAUACAGAUCAGAUCAUUGAUGUGGAAAUUAUACGACAGGCAUUGGACAAGAAUGGGGAAGGAUAGCUGUUCUAGCCGUAGUAUUUGUUAUAAUGUAGAUGAUUUUGCUUUCAUGGAAAUUGGCAUUUUUGUUUUGGCUCUUAAUUUUUAAUGUCUCAUAACCUGCAACAACUGUUAAUGGAAAAUUGAAAUCUACUUAAGAAGAAAUAUUAGCUGUAUUCCCAAGGAAACAUACUACUGCCCCCCAUUGUAUCCAGAUUUGUGCAUGUAUUUUACAGAUAACUAUUUUUCAUCUAUUCACUCUUAGAAAAGCUUUCUCAGCUAUUAUUUACUAAUAGAACUAUGAUAUCUUUGCUCACUGAGAUUACUAUUUCACUCCAUACUAAUCAAACUUUUUUACACCCUCUGGAUAGAUAAGACUGCACUCUUAACACUGAGAAGGCUUGCAAUUCAACCUAUUUGGAGAGCUUGAGACUAGAGAAGGGAGUGCUUCUACAGCUAUGUAGCACAUAGAACUUUCUGUGUCUCCUUAAAGUAGCUAUAUUCUUUCUCAGUAUCGUGUGGCAGCUCCCAUGAUCUUGGGAAAAGACACAGCCACCAUAUGAUGUCGCAGAAAGAUGUUCUAUUCAUACUCCUGAGUGUUCCCAGAUGCCUUCCAGAGAUAAAUCCAACCACAACACAGCCUUAGGUUGUUGGUUGACUUGAUACAUGAAAUGGGCUGUGAAAGAUUAAAGUAUAGCAACAAUAAGCCACUCUUCAAAUUCUGUGGAUCUAUUUCAAGGUGAUUUUUUUUUGUUGCUCAAUAACUCAGUCCUGCCCAUUUAAAAAUUAUCUCUCUGUGUAUAUUAUUGUGAUCGGUUGUUUUUAAUUGAUUUUUAAAAUAAUGUUAGCUGCCCAGAGCUGCUGCUUAUGAGAUAAAACUAUAUAAAUUAUCUGAAAUAAAUUACAGAAGAAUCAUCCCUUUAUUUUAAUUUCUAUUUAACAGGGAUGGAAUACUGAGUUGAGUGUCAGUGUAAGAUUUGUGGGGUUUUUUCUGUUUAGAAUAAAUUUGAUUUCUUUGCUGCAUUUCCUGCUGUCCCAUCUUCUAUAAAGCCUAGAUUUGGGUAAUUAAUAUGGAGGGGAAAACAAGAUAGUGAAGAGAAUUCACAAAUUGCCCCUGUUGGGGAAUUAUGUUUAUGAAGUAAAUGGGGAAAUGUUGGGAUCCAACAGUUGUAGGAUUCCUGUUGGGUCAUGGGUAAGUAAUGUAACAGAUUUGGAAUGUAUUUCUAGUUGGUCAGGUUCCACUACCAUUGUGUCUCUGUUCCCACUCCUUGCUUCUUGCACCAAGGCCUUGCACUGUUUUGCCUGGUGCAUUCAUGUUUCAGUAUUGCUUGCUUUGCUGUUUUUGUGACUGUCUGCUGAUGGUGCAAAGCUGGGAUAUUUUCAAUAUAAAUAUAUGUACUAUGUAUAUAUAAAUAAAUAAUCCUCCACUUAACCCUCCACCAAGCUUUGUGAUAAAAAAGACAGCUUGGGCCAGUAGUAUGAUCAUAAUUUUGAGAACUAGGAAUACCUAGUUGUGGUCUAAAAAAAUGCUGUGAUUUAUAAACUGUUUAGUUUUAUUUUUGAGAUCUCCUUUUUCUCUAGCUGAAAUUGGUUUUAAGAGGAAAAAGAGAAACUUGCUGUUCUCAGUGCUUAUAAACACUUCUGAAUAUUUAUACUUCCCUUUAAUAUUUCCCUAAUUAAAUAUUAGCUUUCACUUAACUUACAGAUUGAGAAUCCUAAACGAUGAAGUUGGGAUUGGAAAAUUCUCUUUCCCCACAUGGCUUUUUUUCAGCUUGAUGCAACCUCUAAUCUGACCUACCGGUAUAUAUGAUCUGUUUUUAUUGGCUUAAAGAUUAUCAGUGUUACUUCUGAAUGAUUAAAUGACGUUAAAAACAUGAAACUGCCUUAUACUGUGUUGUUAGCUGUUUAUUCAGUCUGGCUGAGUAUUGAUUAUACUUAUGGGCAUGACCUCUGUGAGACAGAGAUUUCAAUAGGCGAUUCUUGCGACUGAGCUUAAGCUUCCAUUCCACAAAAUGUGGUGCUAUUAAGCUACAGGCCUCCCAAUAUAAUAUGUAUAUCCCUUUGCUUAUAUCAAGUCCUGAAUAUUUUUUGUAUUAUAUAUUUUGAGGGAACUUCUAAAACUCAAAGGUAGAUGAAGUUAUACUGCAUCUAUGUAUCUUGACUUGACAUUGACAUAGAAUGAAAAUUCCAAACUUCUCCAAGUUUAGAAUUUUGCAAUUGGUAAAUUCUACAAUUGAUAUUCAACAUCAAACAUCUUGGAUUAUUUAAAUUACUUUUUAAAUUGCUAACUGUAAGCAAAGUUGAGGGGAAAAUGUCAAAAUUAGUUCUUAGCAGAAUUCUGAGUAAUGAUAGCGUAUUUUCAGUGUCCUGUAUUAUUUUUAGGGAGGAGGGUGCACAAGGUUUCAGAUUCAAAAUAUUUUAAGUAUGAAACAAUUCUGAACAUUCCAGAGGUAUUUUGAAAUCAAUGUGAGCUCUUUGAUGCUCAAGAUUUAUUCCUUGACUUUGAAAUGGUUUCAGCUCAAAAUAAUUCUGGAAUAAUUCAGGUAAUCCAUUUUAAACUUGAAAUAACUCUUAUGAAUUUGAAACUGAGUGUUUCAAGCCCCUGUUUGUUAUAAAUAUGUGCAAUUGUUCUUAAUUUGUAUAACUUAGAAUCCUGCAAACUCUAGACUACUUUUUUUGUGAAAUUUUCAUUUGCAUACAUACCUAUAAGUGGAUACAUACCUAUAAGUGGAUGAAUAUGUACACAUGCACAAACAUUAAGAUCAUUGAAAUGCAUAAGGCUUAGUUAAGGAAAAAUAAUUGCUGAAUAAAACCAAUGCAAUCUCAGUUACUGUAUAUUAUGAAAAAUGUAAUAGUUAUGGUAUUAGGAAAACUAAAUUACUCUAGGCAUUGAGAGAUGCAACUUACAGCAUCUUCAUCAUCAGUCCUGCAGAGAGUUCUAGUCCAACAACAUCUGAAAAACCAUUUUUUCCUACAGUUGGUAAUAGCAAUUGCUCAUUUAAGUACAGAAAUUCUACAGUGCUCAGAUAAAUCCUUUAGGAUUUACCUGGUUGCAUUCUUUUUUUUUCAGUAGAGUAGAUUUUUUUUUCCUAUGCGUGAAUUUUUCUAAAUAUCACAGUUAAAAUGUUGACAAGGAAGAAGCAUGCCCCAGAGAUGUCUGGUUCCUGAAUUUCGUAAUUUCCUAAUGAGCGGCCCUUAUCUGGCACUUGCCUCAUAAGGGCUGCAAAGGACAUCUGAACAGGCAUCACAUUCUUUGCUUGUGAAGAUAGAAGACAGCUGCAGUGCAGUUUUACUUACAGUACUUACCAAAAAGAGUACUUUAGGAGAAAGAGACCACAUCUAGUAUUAUAUGAAUGGGGAAGACAGAGAAGUAAGAGAAAACCAAGGAGUACACAGUUUUUAAAAUGAAUUUUGCAGUGGAGAUUAAAUUAUUGUUUAGAGGUGAAGCUGCUUGGGAGAUUAUUGUAAAUGUUUCCUUUGAUUGAAUUCAUUCAGAUCAUUUAGAACCAUGAAAAACCUGGUUCCUGGUUUAUAUAGCACUUAAAAAUAUUGUAAGCACAUAAUUUAAACUCUGCAUUAUCAUAUCGGCAAACUUUGUGUCAUGUUAAAGGAUCCCCCUUUAUCUAAGAAUGCUUCCCCAUUCCCCAGAUUGUGUCUGUCAAAUAAUUAACUAGUCCUAUUUAUAGGAAUGACUUGUAGCCACGAAUAUCUAUUAUUCAGAAGACAACAGAGAGCCUGUUAAGAUUCUUUAAUUUUGCAGCAUUCGGAAAUAGUUAUAUGUAUUUACUUGUUUUGUUAUAGUUUGAGGCACUUCAACAAAUAGGAAAUUUUCCAUGUUUCAUAUUUGAUUGUCAGGAAAGCACUCCCUGUUUCUGCUGCAUUAUCACUGUUCUAUCAAGUUAGGUAAAUAUUACAAUUACCUAUAUCUGUCCUUGCAGGCUGCAGUUAGUAAUGGGAGCUAGUCCUGUAGUGUUUAUAGGACCUUAUCAGAAAUAAAGUAGAUACUCUAUAAUUUGAUAACAAAGAGGUUUUUAUAACUGCAUCACUCUAGUUCAAUUCCAAAAAGUCACUUUGGAGCAUAUAAGAGCAGGAAUGUAGCACAUCUGCAUUUCUUUAAAGCUGCCAUAUCAUCUCAGUGAUGUACUGGUGCUUCAAAGAUCUGUAGAGAGAGAGAUUUAUGUUUUCACUCUCACGUUCUCCAAAAUACUCCAAAAAUGAGUCUGAAUACUGCAAGCCCUAAUAAUUUUUAAUCCAAGAGUUUACAGGUCCUAAAAUACCCCCCCCCCCCAAAA